AUGACGGCGCACGCCGCCCCCUGGACAGCUCCGCUCCGCUCCGCUCUCGCCGCCAGCGAGAACAAGGCUGCGCGGGAGCUUCGCGGCGCUGAUGAGCAGGAAGCGCGGCAAGCAAAGGCAGCCGAGACCCUUCCGACCUACACCUGCCCCGGUCGGAUCCCCGCCUGCCUUUCCACGCCGGGACGCUGCGAAACAGCACGAGGUCUGAGAAGUAACUCCGGUACGGCGUCGCUUCCACCGACUGCGGAGUUAAGCUCUCGACGGCCCGAGCGGCAGCGAAGGGGCGAGCCGCAGUGCUGCCGCCGGACGACCAAGAAGGACGCCGGAGUUUUCGGGUCCGCCGAGCCUCCUGCCUUCGGAGCCGGGCAAAGAUGGUGCCGUGACUGCUCCCUGGCCGGCCUUUGCUCCGCUCUCGCCCCCUUGUCUUGUCGCAGCCGCGCCAACCUUUCGAGCGGCAGAGACCAGAGAGCCACGUCUCGUGAAGCCCGCGAGCGAGCGAGGAGGACCAUGCCGGAGACCGGGUGCCCGCUGCGGACUCUACCUGCCUUCCUCGCUUUGGUCUGGACGGCGGCUAGCCUCAGCCUCGCCGGAGGGGCCGGGUCGGAGCAGCAGAUUCCCUUGUCUGUUGUAAAACUCUGGGCCUCUGCUUUCGGUGGGGAGAUCAGAUCCAUUGCAGCGAAAUACUCAGGUUCCCAACUUCUGCAGAAGGAAGAGUUUUCUAUUGUUCCUACCAGUGAGCUGAAACAGCUUCUUAUUCGUGAGGAAUUGUAUGACAAGCUUUUCCUAUUGUAUUG